GAUCUCAUCAGCUGUAACAUACGCAUCUACUUGACUCCUGAAACCACUGCACGAACUCAUUAACAUCAUGACUUGUCAUGAGGAGACUAAGUCAUCAUUUAAAAUAGAAGAUAAUGUUUUGAUAGGCGAAGAGGAAAAAAUCGAGAGUAAUUGUUCAAAUCUCGCAGAAUUAUUUCUGAAUGCAUUUGAUGCAAAGCCGGAUCUUAUUGGACAGGUGGACGCGGAGACAGAACGUAAAGUUACAUUUCGGCAAAUGAAAAUGGAUAGUGUGAAGUGCGCGUUAUGGUUGAAGAAGAAGGGAGUUGAACCAGGCGAUAUAAUUGUGCUGAGCACGCACAACCACUUGAAUACAUACAUACCAUUCCUGGCUUCUUUAUAUAUUGGUGCCACGACGAGUUUGUGGAACGAAAAUAUCAGCAAAAAAAACAUGGAACGCGCGUUAAAACAAAGCACGCCGAAGGUGAUCUUCAUCAAUAUCGAUAAGGCCGUACUAGUUUAUAGGCAGGCCCUUUUAGCGCGCAUUUCCACGAAGAUCGUGGUUUUCGACGAUCAAAUCGAUAGCGAAUUUAAAUUAGUUGGCGAAGAUUGUAAAACUAUUGCCAGAAAGUUUUAUCCGUUUAGCUUGAUCUUGGACCAGGAAUUCAAAGAGACCGAAAUGAGUGGGUUCACCUGUACAACGUCGGAAAAGAAAAUAUCGGACACCGUGUUGUUAAUGUAUUCUUCCGGCUCGACUGGCGUCCCUAAAGCUGUGGAGAUUCCUCAGACAAUGCUCUUAUGUCCGUCGCUCGUCCAAUCAUUUUCCGUGAUACCUGGUGACAUUGUCCUAUGGUUUGGAUCCUUAAGUUGGAUCACCUGUAUGGCACUGACCAUUCGUAGUAUACUCUCGUAUGCGACAGCGAUUAAGUGCUCGAAAUUCGAUACCGACAAGAUAUGCAAGGCAAUAGAGAAGUACAGGGUGUCUUGGAUGUUAAUUGAAACUGGUCUGUGCCACCAGUUGGUGAAAUCCGCCGCUUUCACGAAACACGAUAUGUCUUCUUUGAGACAAGUCCUAUUUACCGGUUCAACGAUCAGACGUGACGUUCACGAGAAUAUCGGUAAAGCCCUGCCGGAUAGUGCUAUGACGGCAUACGGCAUGACUGAAACGGGGUUAAUCUGUUAUCAAACAGGGACCAAAAAGAUUGGAUCCAGCGGUUCUGUAUGCAAAAACAUUUAUUUAAAAAUUGUCGAUUUACAGACCAAGAAACCAUUGGGCCCCAACACACACGGUGAGAUCUACAUCCAAUGUCCGUACAUGAUGAACGGCUAUUACAAAGAACCCAAAAUAACCAAGAGUGUCUUCGAUGAGAGUGGAUGGUUCUGUACCGGAGAUAUAGGCUACUACGACGAAGACGGCUAUAUCUUCAUCGUUGACCGGGUCAAAAACCUCAUCAAGUACAGAGGUCAUCACGUUUCAUCGGUAGAUAUUGAAAGCCUGUUAGGAAGCCAUCCGGCUGUGAGCGACAGUGCCGUAAUUGCUGUGCCGCAUCAUUUCGACGGGCAACAUCCGAUUGCAUUCGUUACGAAACUGUUGAAUGCAAAGGUGACAGAACAAGAACUGCAAGACUUGAUAGCCACAAACAUGGAAGAUCAAAAUAAACUUCGCGGAGGCGUCGUGUUUAUAGAAAAGAUACCGCGUCUUGUCAACGGAAAAAUCGAUCGAAUGGCGCUUCGUGAAAUGGUGAAGCAAGAAUAAAUCGUUUAAUUUGAACCGCUCAAUAUUAUAAUCAUCACUGUAAACAACGUGUUAUAAGAUAAGAAAUAGAUCUAGAAGUAAUAUUAGUAAUCCAAAUAUACUACUGUUGAAGUCAGCAAACUUAUAUGUAAUAUGAUAUUAUUAAAAUAAUAUUAAAAUUA